AUGGCGGCUGAUGAGAAACAAGUUAGUGCCUUAAUAAGAAGGCACGAACAAGUGAAACGCUGGGAGGGUUCGGAUACUAAUUUAGAGCCACCUUCGCCUAAGAAAAAUAGAACUAAAGUUCAGUUUCAAGAUGGCUGUGUAUUUCUGGCUGCUUGUUCUAGUGGGGAUAAAGAAGAAGUGGAAAAAUUGCUGCAAAGAGGUGCAGACAUCAACACAGCCAACGUCGAUGGACUGACAGCCCUGCAUCAGGCUUGUAUAGAUGACAACUUGGAAAUGGUGGAGUUUCUGGUGGAAAAGGGGGCUGAUGUAGAUGUCUGUGAUAAUGAGGGCUGGACUCCUUUGCACGCUACUGCUUCCUGUGCAUUUACAGAAAUAGCUAGGUAUCUAAUAAAUCAUAAUGCAAAUGUGGCCGCAGUAAAUAAUGAUGGAGAUCUUCCCAUUGACAUCGCUGAGAAUGAUGAAAUGGAGAACUUAUUGCAAGAGGAGAUGAACAAACGAG